AUGAAAUUAUUAGCUUUACUUAUUUUACAUAAAGACGAUGACAAUAAAGUAAAAAUACUUCAAGAUGAAUAUAAUUUGGACAGUUUUGGUUAUUUUCAACGUCGUGGUGUUCAAUCAUUACUUGCCUUUUCAGCAAAAACUAUUACUGAACGUACAGCUUUAAAUACAAGACAAUCCGUUGAAACUGAGGAAAAUGUGAAUGCUAUAGUUCAUGUUAAUGUUCGUCAUAAUGGUUUAGCAUCAAUUGCUAUUUCUGAUAGCGAAUAUACACAGAGAGUUGCACAUACUCUUCUUUCUAAAGUUAUGGACGAUUUUACUGAUACAUAUCGACCUGCUUUAUGGGCACAGAUGCCUGAAAAAACAGGUAAAAUGGCAUCGCUAGGUGAAACACUAAAGAAAUAUCAGAAUCCACGAGAAGCCGAUCCUUUAAUGCGUUUACAAAAAGAUCUUGAUGAUACAAAAGAUAUUCUUAGAACUGCAUUGGUUAAUGUUCUUGAACGUGGCGAAAAAAUUGAUGAUUUAGUUGAACGAUCAGAUAAAUUAAGUUUCGAGGCAAAAUUGUUUUAUAAAACGGCUAAAAAAACGAAUCAAUGUUGCACUUUAUUCUAA